CCUGUCACUCACUACUGGAAGCUGAGCUUCCUCUUUGAAAAUGUUGCAAGUUUUGGCUCGGUCUGGGCGGCGUGAGAGGGGGAUUGCCUUUGCCAUGGGCUCCUAGAUGCUGUAUUUCGGGCUGUGGGUGGCAGAAAAGGGCACGUACGAGCACCAGUCUGGCGCACAGGAGCCAUGGGAUCCAUGCAGCCCCCUAGUGAUCUGUAAAGUUAUCUGUACCGGUAGGAAAGGGGGCUCUGCAUGUGACUGCAAAGGUCUGCUGUGGAUUUAGGGGAGCUGGGAGGAAGCUUGGCACCUGCUGGCAUUCUGCGGAUAUGCUUCACGCCUCAUUGUGCCCUGUGGAACCUGCAUGUGACUUGUGCUAAGAGGAAUAGAGGAGCCACAUUCAGGUGCCAGGAAGGGACUCUGGUGCCCAUUCUGUCUUUGGUACCCAUGCCAGAGUGAAGUGCCCUUAUACAGCUGGCGGUCCUGUGUGCUGAACCAUGGGCACUGGGGUCUGCAACAGGAGACAGAAGAGCCUUCUCAACACGGGAUUCUGCCUGCUGGCCGUGGUGGGGCUGGGCAGUGGGGUCUACUUGUACAACUACAUGAUCCACAGAUCUAGGACAUCGGAAGCCCAGGCUCUGAAAUUCAAGCAGCAGCAAGAAACUCUGUCUGCCCAGCUGCAAGUGGUGUACGAGCAUCGGUCAAGACUGGAACGUUCUUUGCAGAAAGAAAAAGGUGAACACAAGAAGACAAAAGAAGAUUAUUUAGUCUAUAAAUUGGAGGCUCAGGAGGCAUUGAACAAAGAGAAGCAAGAUUCUAUGAAUCGCUAUGGGGCUCUCAGCUCGCAGAAUAAGAUUCUUAAGAACCAGAAUGACGACAUUAGGAAGCAGUUGUCUGACCUACAAGUCGAACAGAGUAAUUUACAACUGGAACAUCGCAAAACCAUAGAGAUGCACAACCAGAAAUUGACCCAACUGCACAAAGAAAAAGAGAUUGAGUUUCUCAGUCUGCAAGAUACCAUUUCAAAAUUGCAAGCAGAGAACAAGCUUCUCAGGAAAGCCUACCAAGAGGUUCAUUCACAGCUUCUUGGUGCACAGGACCAGAUUGAGGAAUUCCGCCAGCUCAAAGACACGUUAAAGAAAAUGCCAAGUUUUAAAGACCCCAAAACUGACUCGCAGAACCUGCAAUUUCUGGCAACCAAUAAAAAGGAUAUUAAAGGACGUAACACACAGGUGCCUCGGAGCACACUGGGAAGAGAGAAGCUGGUGGAAAACAUCCAUGGAGUUUCUACCCAACAUGCAAAGAGAUUUUCACAAGCUCAACCUGCAUCAUGGGAAAAGUCUCUCCUUCGUAGCUCUCCUGUGCACAUGGCAGCCCCCCGAAUAGGGUCACAGAAUGACAGCCAUGUAGCAAGAUUCACCCGGACAGUUAAUAGUCUCCAAGACCACAAAGAGGCUGGGAACCGCGCUGUGCUACCACAUGUUCAGCAGCCGCCGCAGGACCAGGGACUUGAGAAUGAAGUUGGUCAUGACCAGCCAGGAGAUAAUCGGGCACAGACUGUGAAUGUUCUUGUUGCCAAUGAACACGUGCCAGUUCACAGUUGGCGAGAUAUAGUCAACAAAGUGAAUGCAAGGAUGACUGAAGAAGAAGAAGAAGGCAAACCAAUUGGUGUUAAAGAUGUUGUUGUAAAACCUGAAGAACAUCGUCCCAAUAUACCUGCUGGGGACAAGGAGGAUAGGGUUCCGCAGCUCAGCUACCAAGGAGCCAGAGCAGAUGAUGAGCUUGUAAUGGAUGCUGGGAUGAUUGACAGAGAGGAGAUCCUGCAGUCUCAGAAGCAGCACGUAGGGCAAGACACUCUGGUUUCAGAGGAUGCUGCUGAUCCAGCCAAAGACCCCAACAAUCAAGGUGAAGAUGAGUAUGAAGAAGCUGAAAUAAACAGACCAGAAUUUGAGGAGGAAGAGGAGGCAGAAAAAACAGAGAAGAAAAUUCAGGUGCCAGACACAGAUGUUAAAUCUAGAGAAGAACCAGAGGAGCACUAUCAGGAUGACCAAGAACAGGACAUUGAAGAGCAAGUUGGUGAAGCAGAUAAUGCUGAUGACUUGGAGCUGGCGCAGGAUGAAGGGGAGGAUGCUCUGGAUGUAAAGAAGAGAAGAGAUAGAUAUUACUGAUUUUAUUUUUUCAACCUGCACUAAGAUGGAGCACUGAACAGGCCAUGUAGCAUUAGAGGGCAUUAACAAGCUGCACAUUGAGGUCACUGUAGACCUGGAUUUCAAGCCUGGCAUUUGAACAGCUACACUCGACAUGGCUCUUGAUGUCCGCAGUCCACUCCUGGGAGAGGAGGACUGGAGCCACACAUGAGUUACACGGCUCUGUUUGUGCUGCUCUAACCAUGAGAGCACCUUUCUCUUUCUAUAGCUAAAUGAAGAAUAGAAAUAUUUUUCACCUUGAUGUGCAGGUCAUUCCGACCUCUUCAAUUCUUUGAACAGUUAUAAGGAACUAAAAUGGAUGUCAUCGACUUUGAUACUUAUUUGUUGAUAAUCCAAACACUAAGGAGAGAGCGAUAUGGUCUUAAUUAUACAACAAAGCCUUUUUUUAUAUAUAUCAUUGGUUUAUUUGAUACUUAAAUACCAGUUAGGUUUAAUUAAUAAUGCGUGUGUAUGGAUUGUACAUUAAUUGCUUUUUCUGUAUUUGUGAAAGUGUAACAUGGCCAGAUAAAUAAUGAAGAGAUCAUCAUUCCUGUUUAUUUACAAAUUGCAUUAUAUGUUGGUGGAUGUUUGCUCAGUUGUACAUUGUCCAGAUUAUACAUCACUUAUCUACAUACCUUGUUGGCUGAAGUACCGCCCAUAAUUAGACAGAGGUUAUAUAUCCAGCUGUCCUUUAAACUGAAAGGACUCCAGUUUACAUAAAUGUAAGACAAAAUAUAUAUCUUUUAAAAAUGUGCGGUCCAAGAAUAUUGGGCAACCUAACCAAUUCAACAGACAAAAAGAUUGCAGAAAUACUGCAGUGUCCACUAUGGGCGAUGUCUGUCUUUGUCAUCUUGCAUCUACUGCCUUCAAAAUGGCAUUUGUAAUCAAUUAAUCAUGGUGGGCAUUUACACUUCUAAUAAUGAAGAUUAAGAUCCUUAUUCAGAGUCAGGGGGAUAUCCAAUUAUCCCCGGUAAAACAUUGGGUCCGAAAAACGGCCAUUUUUCGGACUCGAUGUUUUACCGGGGAUAAUUGGAUAUCCCCCAGAGUCUGAAACUUAAUUACAAUUUGCACAGUCAAUCUAAAAUAUAAAGGUUACUUGCAGUGUGAAAUAACUUCUUAAACAGUGCUCCUGCUGUCUUUCUAAAUGUAAAUAAAUGGGUGUGUCUUGUACA